AUGGAUCACGAAACUUGUAAGGCUAAAAAUGCCGUUUCCCCAAAGACGGGCUCCUACAAGAACGGCGUUAUCACUUGCGAUCUUUGCCGACGCCAUCCAAAGGCCUGGCAGACAUUGACGGACAAUUUUGUCCAUCCAAUAUGUCUUCCACGCCGUCUGCGGCGGUUGAAGCUCAUUCUUGCUGAGCGGAGCUUUCUGAAGGUGGCGGUC